AAAUGGGAAAAUGAACGUUCCUCGUCUAUAUUUGCAUCGUUAUUUGCGGCUGACACCAAUUCUGGGUUUUUUGGUUUUAUUCGAUCCAUCUUUACUCAAAUUCCUUGGAAGUGGCCCAAUAUGGCCACUACUGGUGAAACCAACGUCAAUCUGUGGAAGCUACUGGUGGUCAGCGUUAUUUUACAUUCAGAACUAUGUACAGCCAGGGUGUUACGCUUAUGCUUGGUAUUUAUCCGUUGAUAUGCAACUGUUUCUGAUUGCACCGGCACUCGUUUACCUAAUCUACAAAUUUAAAGUGAAAAUAAUGCCAAUUUUAAUACUUCUGAUUGUGGGCUGCGUUGGUUGUACGGUGGCGAUUUUUUUGAAGUAUGGAAUCAAGCGCAGGUAUCCAUUGCAACAGAUUGAUUCUACAGGAACAACACUUGAAUAUGCUCUGUAUGAUGCAUUGGGUCGUGUUGCAUGGUCGGUGGCUCUGUGUUACAUCGUUUUUGCCUGCAUGAAUAAAUGCGGUGGCGGUGUCAAUUGGUUUCUCUCCCACCGAUUGUGGCUACCUCUCUCACGACUUAGCUAUUCCAUCUAUUUGAUACAUUAUCAUGUACUCUUAGUUAUCAUGGGCGCAACGAAAACUGCGCCCGUUUUCACCGAAUGGAUUCUG